AUGGCAACAUCGCAAAAUAAAACUCCUCGAGUAAUAAAAUUUUUGAGAAAACAUGUAGCUGAUUCUUCAUCAUCGGUUCGAGCAGUAAAUCAAAUACACUUUGAUUUUUCUGGUGUUCACAUAACAAAAACAAUUGUGGCACCAGAAAAUACAUCAAAUGUAGAAGAUGUUGAAACUGAAGAGAAUGAUCAUACACAACAACAAACAGUAUCACCUAAAAUAACAACAGUUCAACGACUGAAAAAUGAAUUAUCACAGGAUGAUUUUGAUUUGUCUAAUGUACAAAUAACGAAAGUAAAUCAAUCAUCUCGUGAUGAAAUGGAGCGUCAAAAUUUUAGGUUACUAACAUCACAACAAAUCGAUCCUGAAUAUCAUGAUUUAUCACCAACGAGUCCUUCGAUAGAAUCAAUUAAUUCUGAGCCUUCAACUAGUGUUCCUCGUAGGCGUAGAACAUAUUCUAGUAUAGACUAUGAACCACUAGCAAUCAGUAAUAUUGCUCUUAAGAAGAAGUUAGAAACUAAAUCUUGGUGGAAAAACAGAUGUGCUUGUUGGUACUGUUCACCAUUUUGCUUUGGUCUCUUGAGUAUACUACUUCUGUUGUUCAUAGCUGUAGCUACAACAGCUGUAAUAUUUAUUUCAAAGAGCGAUAAUGGUAGAAUUUUAACAACAACCAAUAGCGCCUAUAUUAAUACAACAACAAUAAGUAGUGCUUACAUUAAUAUAACAACAACAGGUAGUACUUCUAUUAAUACAACAACAACAAGCAGUGCUUAUAUUAAUACAACAAUAAGCAGCGCUUCUAUUAAUACAACAACAGCAACAAGUAGUGCUUAUAUUAAUAUAACAACAACAACAUCUAACAACAGCACAACAAUAUCCUGUUCUUCUGGUUAUAUACCUGCACCAUCAGGAAUAUGUGUCAAUAUUCAAAUUGAUUUCAAUAAUUGUGGUUCCAUUGGUUAUGUAUGCUCUUCGAAUUACACAAGUUGCUCUGCUGGUGUAUGCAGUACUGUUCCUGCUGUACAACUAGUUGGUGGUAUCGGUGUUUUCAGUUCCCUUCCUAUUGAUGAUGAUGUUGCACACGUUCAUCUACCUCUCAGUAUAACGAUGUAUAAUUAUUCAACUUCAAAUGUUACUAUCUCGAGUAAUGGUAUUGUUUGUCUCGGUGGAUGUUCUGAUACAUAUAGUAAUGGAAAUCUUCCAGAAAGCAGCAUUUCACCUCCGACAGCUUUCGGCUAUUGGAGUGAUCUUUACAUUCAAUCACAUACUUCUCAAAAUAUAUACUAUGGCGUUGAUGGAAUAGCACCUAAUCGAACAACGACAUUUGAAUUUUAUACAACUCAUUUCGGCAAUAAUAAUCAAUAUUAUCACUUUCAAAUCGUGUUCUAUGAAAAUAUGCCUAAUAUUGUCAAGUAUAUAUAUUUUCAAGCGUCUGAUGGAGGUGUAUCAGCAACAAUCGGUGUGCAAAAAUCUUCAAAUGGACCUAGUAUAACAUAUUCAGUUGAUCGAGCAAAUUCCGUUACAAGUAAUAUGACAUUAAUAUUUGAUACAAGUGCAGGCACAGUUGUGGGCUAA